AUGACCGACCUAACGCCCACCUUCAGUAGCCUCCUAUCCAAGCAUGGCUCCCGCCCACACACCAAGCCCACAAAAACAGCAGACGAGUUCCUAAAAGAGGCCUACAGAAUCAACCACCACAUCACAUCUCUCUUAAACUAUCUCCACACAAUUCGACACCCCUACCUCUCAACAACACCAAACCGCCGCAAUGCCAACCCAUCAACCUCCAAAUCAACGCCAACAACCACAUCCCUCCCAUCAACCCAGAUCCUAACAGAUUCAGAACGCGACAACAUAGACACGCAAACCUCCCUCCUUCUCCGUGACCUCGCAAACUCUCUAAACAACCUCUCAAGCGCCGAGACCCUACGCCAAGAAACAGAACAAACUCUCCUCCACAAGAAAUAUGGCCACAGCACAGCAAGUGCAUUACUUUUCCGCUGGGCGGGUGGGAGUGGCGUUACCGACGAGAAUGGUUCGGACGGUAGUAAAUCCGCCGAACAGGUUACUGCCGAGGAGAAGGCGCGCGCGCUGAAGAUGGUGCGCGAGGGCGUGCUAUGGUUUCUCAGGAGGGGGCUGGAGGGUGUUGUUGGUGUUCAGAGGGGUCUUGUUGAGAAGAGGAUUGAGCGGGUCAGAGAGAAGGAGAAGAGUGUGCUCUACAAGGUUGCUGCUGGGAAGGAUAUCGGUGGUAGUGGGAGAGAUGCUGGUGGGAGGGGAAUGUCUGAGAAGAACGGGGGAUACGGUGGUUCUGGUUCUGGUUCUGGCUCUGGGACGUUUGAUCCUUCUUUCACUGCGCCUGAUGCUAGUACACUCAGUGAAGCGGAUACCGCGCGCAUUGAAGCUCAGCUUUCGCCAGAGCAAUUGCAGCUUUUUGCCGAGGAGAACGAUUCCAUGUUGAGGCAUUAUGAGGAUACGUUGGGGAAGGUGCAGAACGCAGAAAAAUCACUCUUGGAAAUCUCGUCUCUGCAAGAGACUCUUGUUACGCAUCUUGCCACGCAGGAGGAAUAUAUUACACAGCUUGUUUCAGAUGUUGAUACAACGCAGACGAAUGUCGGACAGGGAAAUCGGGAGCUGAAGCGGGCCACUGAGCGGCGGAGUACAGCGCAAGCUGUGUUCUGGGGAACGGUUGGCUUAUGUACUUGGCUUGUUGUUUGGGAUUUGGUUUUUUGA